AAUCCCUCCUUCCCCUCUGAAAAUGUGUACGUGGUCGUCGCUGCAAACAACUAAGUAAUUGGCUUCUGUUCAUUUAAGCACACAAAGUUCCCAUGGCUAGCGUCAAGGUGUUUGGAUCCCCAACUUCUGCAGAGGUUGCACGAGUGUUGACAUGCCUAUUCGAGAAGGAUGUUGAAUUUCAGCUCAUCCGUGUUGAGAACUUCAAGGGUCGUGAGAGGAAGCCAGAGUACCUCAAGCUGCAGGCCUCGGGCCAAGCUCUUACCUUUGAAGAUGGCUCAGUCACCCUCGUUGAUUCAAGGGCAAUAUGCCGACAUUUAGCCGAGAAGUAUGCUGAUCAAGGUAACAAGAAUUUAAUAGGCUCAGGCACUCUUGAGAGGGCUUCAAUCGAGCAGUGGCUUCAGACUGAAGCUGAAAGUUUCGAACCACCUAGCUCUUCAUUGGUGUUCCACCUAGCUUUUGCACCAUACAUAGGGCUCGAGCCAGAUGAGACAGUGGUUAAAGAAAGCUUGCGAAAACUAGAGAGAGUGCUUAACAUCUAUGAGCAGAGGUUGGAGGAAACUAGCUACCUUGCAGGAGACAACUUCACGCUUGCUGAUCUAUCUCACUUGCCAAAUGCUCAUCGAAUCAUGACGAAGCUACCACAGCAUGCUAAGCUGUUCAUGGGGAGGAAGCGGGUGAGCAAGUGGUGGGAGAAAAUAUCAGGCCGGAAAUCUUGGAAGAAGGUGGUUGAGAUGCAGAAGGAGUCACCUGUAGAAGCCUAAGGAUGAUGAUGAGGAAUAAGGAAACUUGGUUUAGUUGCUCAGUUUGAUUUCAGUAUUUUGUUUCAGUUUGAUGUUGGAAGUAAUGCUGGUUAUACAGUUAGAACAAUGAUAACUAUACUAUGGGUUUCUACGCUACUUCCACUUUACAAGAGAGAAAAGUGUGGACACCUUGAUGAGUAUCAAUUUUGAAAAAAAUUAAAAAGGUUGUACCCCACACUUUUCCAUCUUGAAGUGGUGCAAGUUGAGUAGUAUAGUUAUCACUACUCAGUUAUUAUGCAUUAUCCAUUAUGUCAAUUUGCUUUGUUUUGUGGUUGGCCAUAUGCUUUUUGUAUGGAACCAUUUAGUUUGUGUGAUGGGGAUCUUACUAAAAUAAUAUUGCCUUUAUAGAGGAGUUCUAAUGGCAUUCUCUCA